AGAACUGUGGCUUCAUUAAGUAAAGGCCCAAAUAAGGUCCAUAAAGAUCAUUAUGGAAUACUUUUUUUUUUUUGGAUUUAAUUGUUCUCUUUGUUGUUUCACCUCUCUCAGUGCAUAUCUUUUUCCAGCUGGUUCCCUUCCUUGAUUUGCGGCCAAUCGUAGAAGAAGAAGAAGAUAGUACAAAGAGAUCUUUCUUGCCGGAAGAAUUAAAGAUGGGUAAAGCAAGAGGAGUGAACAAUGGUGUAAAUCAAAGCUCCCUCGGUUAUCUCUUUGGUUCCGGCGAGUCUCCUUCUGCCGCCGCCGCCACAUUGGGGACCACAACCACGACAACCACCACAACUACCACCGACGGAACAGGAGGGAGACCGAUUACGACCACGACGACCACCGUCACUGAUAAUAAGAAGGUACCUGCCGGUGUUAGAGGAAGCCCUAAUAAUUACUUCAGAUCAGAAGGCCAAAACUGUGGAAACUUUCUCACGGACAGGCCAUCUACUAAGGUUCAUGCUGCUCCUGGUGGAGGAUCUUCUCUUGGUUAUCUCUUUGGAGGACCAAAUGCUGCUGAAUCUGGCAAGAAAUGAAGUUUCCUGAUAAUUCAGAUUUUGUAAAUUCAUUAAAAUGUGUGGCUUAAAUCCCUCCAUGAACGAACCUGGUGUGCUUCAUUGUCAUCGAGGGCAAUGUUUGGAUUUGAUCUGUUCUUGUGUGCUUGUAGAAAAUUUCAGACAAUUCUUUUUCUCAAGAGUUACAAGCGAGAAACAACCGAAUAGUUUUCAAGCUAA